AAUUUGGUGAGAUAUUUGGGAUUUCUGAUAAAUUGAAUUGAUAUUUCUCUUUGGGUUGAUGCAUUUGUUUUGAUUUCUGGAUCCUCUUGGCUGAUUUUCAAGUUUUGAUUUUUUUCCUCAUGACGUGUUUGUUCGUGUCUGUCAGGUUCUUUUGUUUUUUGUUUUUUUUUUCCUGGAUAUUUAGUGGGCUGGGCGGGUAGAUAUCUGUUUCAGUGUGUGUAAGGUAUUUAUUGAGUGGAACAUUAUGCACUUUUUUACCUCUAAUUUAAAUAAUUCUGUCGCAUCCCAGAAAAUCAAAGUAUAUAAAGGUUCAAAGGGGAGUACUAGCAGUGGAAGUUGUUACUUUACAUGCGGCCCUUUUUUAUUUGCUUGUAAUUAGUUGUUCCUUUUUGAGGCAUUUAUGUCAAUUACGCUGUGGAGUUGAAAAAAUAAUUCUAAAAUAAAAGUUUUGGUUUUUGUCGAAUUUCUCUCAUUGAAAGUUGAGUUUAUGAUGCUAAUUUGUGGCACAGGCACUUGAUAGUUAUUGGUUAUUGAGGCACUUGAUAGAUAUUGGUUAUUGAGAGCAAAUUGUUUAAGGCAUUAAUGGGACAAUGAAUCAAAACCGUGAAUGUGCCUUUUUUUAUCUAUUUUGUAGCCAUGUGAGAGUUCACAUGAUGCCAGUAUAGAUGGGCCGGAUGAAUGAUGCCCUGCUAGUUGAGUUGCCUUCUUUUUGAAAACUGAGUAUGAGAUUUUUGUCCAAACUCUGCUUUUGGUACCGUUUGCCGUUCCAGAUAGGUUGCUCAAUCAAUGGCUGCCUGUCCUUACCCUUGCCAAUGCAGGAAGUUUAAUAAGCUCAAGACAUGGUUAUUAACAUGGCUUCUGAUUAUCCUAGGGAAUAUGAUGGUGCCUGCCUUCAAAUGAGAUUAUCCUACAGCCCUGCUGCCAACUUCUUUCUUUUUCUUGUCCAGUGGACUGAUUGUCACCUAGCUGGUGCCUUGGGAUUGCUUAGAAUUCUUAUAUACAAGGCUUAUGAGGAUGGAAAGACAACCAUGUCUAUUUAUGAAAGAAAGGCUAGCAUAAGAGAGUUUUAUGGGGUGAUAUUUCCUUCUUUAAUGCAACUUGAAAGAGGAAUCACUGAUGUAGAAGACAGAAAGCAAAAGGAAAUUUGUGCAAAGUACAAAAAGAAAGAUGAAAUGGACAAAGGAAAGCUCUCUGAAAUUGAUUUAGAGAGAGAGGAAGAAUGUGGUAUUUGCAUGGAGAUUAAUAGCAGAGUUGUAUUGCCCAAGUGCAAUCAUGCAAUGUGUAUGAAGUGCUAUCGAGAUUGGCGUACGCGCUCUCAAUCAUGUCCUUUCUGUCGAGACAGUCUCAAGAGAGUCAACUCAGGUGACCUUUGGAUCUACACCAGCAACAAUGAGAUCAUUGACUUGUCUUCAAUCACUAGACAGAAUUUGAAAAGACUGUUCAUGUACAUUGAUAAGUUGCCACUCAUUGUUCCUGAACCAAUGUUUGUUUCUUACGACCCUCGUUACCGGUGAGGGUCUGGAAAAGUUUGCAUAAAGUUCCGGUUGCUUGUAUAUGAUUCUUGCUUCCCCUCAUUCAGCAGCACACAUUUCAACAUUGUAUAUAUACCUUGUCAUUCUUAUGCUAUGAUUUUAGAAA